AUGUACAAAUGGUAUCAUAUGGUUGAAUUCCAAAUACUCAUUAAUGCCUAGGUAAUGUCACCAGUUUACUUCGUAUAAGAAUGAGUAUUUAUCAACCUCGGCUGAGGACAUUAAAACCCACUCUCGGUUCAAUUGCUAUAAGUAAACCACCAUCAAGACAAACAUUCUUUGUCACACAAGUUCCACGACGUCACCAAGAGUUAAUAUCUAGAGGUUAUCUAACAAUAGCCAACACUAAACACAAUAAUACAUUCCGCUUAAGCACUCAUAAGAUCCCAUACCCACAAACGAGAAUACAACCAGGACAAACACAACUCACACGUUCUCUCACCAUGUCUUCCAAACUAGUCCCCUCCAACCCGAGCGAGGUAGCCGUCAUCCGGAACAUCACGCCUAACAUCGUGACCGUCUCCGUACCAUUCGCACGAGUCGGCAUCUUCCGCAUCGGCGGUCGCGGCACCAUAAUACGCCUCACCUCCGGCACCCUAGCAGUCUACUCCCCCGUAGCCCUGACCCCCGAGACGCAAGCCAAAGUCGCCGAGCUAGGCGGCCGCGUCGGGUACAUCAUCGCGGGGGACAUGGAGCACCACAUAUUCCUGUCCGAGUGGGCGCGCGCAUAUCCCGACGCCAAACUUCUCGGACCCAAGGGUCUGCAGGAGAAGCGCGAGAAAGUAAAGGACGACCCGCGCAUCGGACACGAACCCUUUGCUUUCACGUGGGACGCGUCGAAUAAGCGCGACGCCGCUGGCGUCAGCGACGAGUUCGCAGCAGACUUCGAGGUCGAGUUUGUAGACGCGCACCCGAACAAGGAAGUCGUGCUAUUCUACAAGCCAGACCGCGCGCUAAUACAAGCGGACUUGCUAUUCAACCUCCCCGCCAUCGAGCAGUACUCACGGGUUCCCGAGGCGGAGAAGAGUUCGCACGGCUUAUUAAAUCGGAUGUUCGUAUCUGUCAACAGCACGGCGGGGGAAGCAAAGGGGCUAAAGCGGGUCCUAUGGUACAUGCUCAGCAACGCGGGGGGAGAUCGCGCGGGCUUCAACGAGAGCGUGCGGAGGAUCGCCGCCUGGGAACCCGAAAUCAUUGUGCCGUGCCACGGGGAGACUGUGGAGAAGAAUGGCGGGGAGCUGUUUAGGAAGGUGUUCGACUGGCAUCUGCAAGGUCAUAAGUGAGUGAGUGAGACUGCAGCUAAAUGCUGGUGGCUGCUGAUCACAGGAAUUGCUGGUGAAACAUGGCGGUUGGAGCUGAGUCGCCACUCUGGGGGUCUAUAGUAUAUUGGCGUAUGAGGUGAGAUAUGUUCAAGAUAAUACCAGUGUAUGUAUGAAGUAUGUAUGUAUAUUUGUUAAGAUUGGGUAACCUAAUGCGAAUCAUGUUCACGCGUA